UUUGCUUGUUAGGCUAGUGAUCACCUUAUAAUGAACCUACUGUGCCAGAGCGUGCGCAAUUGCUGUGUACCCUCCGUGGCCUCCACCCUGCUUCCUGGAUAAAUUUGAAGACUUGUCUCGUGGCUAGCACCAAGAUCCUGCAAUUUUACUGCCCAAUUGUAACCCAGGCUGCAGGCAAUCAUUCGUUCACGGCGCCACCGCCCGUAGUAAUAGACUGUUUGAAUUCUCCCUCAGACCCUGUGAAACAAAUGGCCAUGGAUUGUCCACUUCUCGUCUGGAUGCUCUCACUGAAUCGUGAUGUAUUGACAGAGGAAUACGACAAAUGUUUCCACCUUGUGCAGGAUUGCGUCCCUCAUGCCAGACUGCCGUACCAGCCUACUUCUAUAGAUUCCUUUCGACAGCUUAUUUGCCACAUGUUACCUCUGCUUAUGAUGCGCCACCGACGAAUAUCGCGCGCAAAAUGGAAAGACUGCGUCACCCCGAAUGGAAAGCAUUGGAUUGAGCAGUCACCGGAUGACAUGCCCCCAGAAAAAUUUCUACAGUCCAUGAUUGGAUACCACCUUGCAUAUGACAACUCACUCUGCGGAAUGGUGAUGACGCAGGGACGGCAGCGCCAAGUAAUAAACAUCGGCUUGGGCAUUAAACAGAUUUCCGUAGAGCCCAAAGGUGUCUCAGUAGCAGCCUACGCUGAAUCCUUUGCACAUAAACUGACCCCGCUAGAGAUGACCUUCCUCAACCCUGAACUCGGAGACGAAGUCGUCCUCCGGCGCCUCUCCAUCCUCCUCUCACUCAAAGCGGCAUACAUUAAAGCCGUUGGCCAAAGCACCGCUUUCGACUGGUCACGCCUCGAAUUCAACAUUCCCUCCGAGUCCGCGCGCGGUGAUGACCACCCACUACAGGGAUGGGAGUUCCGUGUGUUCAAAGCCCAACUCGGCGUACAACGCAUGGGCGGGGUCAUGCUCGAGGAAUCAUAUCAGUGCGCAUGCGCGUUCUUCAGGGGUACGAAGGAGUCCAAAUUCAUUUGGCAUGAUAACGCGAAAGAUUUAGAGGCUUGGGUGCAGUUCAUCAACAUUGACCAGAUGGUCAAAGUGAUCCCGAAACUACGCGCGUAGUGAAAUGGGAUUACAUGGAUGAACUCCCCCAUAAACCAUAUCACUUUACUACACUUGUUUGCUAUCGUUAUACCAUGUUUCCUGCUGCUGACACUCUUUGCAUGAUAUCUCAUACCCUCUAAUACUUGUCACCAUUACUCAGGAAAGAAUCUGAAUGUGAUUCAUUGCAAUCAAAGCUGG